AUGGCAGAUUCUCGCGGAGAAGCCGCGGGCUACUACCAGCAGCAGGGCGGCAAUGGUUAUGGUCCUGGCCCUCAGAUGCAAUAUGAGCAACAGCCAUACAGUCAACCAUAUGGUCAGCCGCAAUAUCAACAACAGUACCCCCCACCGCAGAACCCACCAUACCAACAAAAACCUCAAUAUGACCAGGGCGGGAAUAAUCCUCCUCCAUAUGGAUAUCAACCACCUCAAGCCGUCAGCGGUGAAUAUACCUUUGAUCAGGCAUUCCGCAUAGAUAAACCCAAGUGGAAUGAUCUCUGGGCUGGCAUUUUGUACCUCCUCUUUGUCGCUGGUUUCGCAGCUGUGUCAGGGAUCGCUAUUCGUGGAUAUGCGACAACGAGAAACGUCAACGGCAGCGGCAUCUACGAUGGCACCAACAGCUUUAGCCUCUCGACCAAUACGAUUAUCCUCUUCGUCUUCUGUCUAGCUAUAGCUCUGGUAUUCGGAUAUGGCUACAUCUGGCUUAUCCGGCUCUGGCCGAAGCAAUUCAUCUGGUUAACCCUCAUUCUCAAUGUUGUCUUCGCCUUCGUCACGGGCAUCUUUAUGAUUGCUCGCCGAUCCUGGGGUGGAUUCCUCUUCUUGCUUCUCGGCGUCUUCCUGAUCUUCGUUUACUGGUCAUGGAGGAAGCGCAUUCCAUUCUCGGUCCUCAUGCUUACGACUGCAAUCGAUGUCGCAAAAAAUUACGGCCACGUCUACCUUGUUAGUUUCCUCGGUGGAAUCGUUGCCAUCGCCUUUGCCGCCUGGUACGCGGUCACCGUCGUUGCCAUUUUCGCGCGGUAUUCGACGGGUAACAACCCUGCCUGCGCCCCCAAUGGCGACUGUAGCGACGGAAAGGUGGCGGGAUUGAUCGUCUUCUGCACGUUCACCAUGUACUGGAUGUCCGAGUGGCUCAAGAAUACCAUCCACACCACAAUCUCCGGUGUUUACGGCUCCUGGUACUACAGCUCUCGAAAUUUCCCCAAGCAUGCUACCCGCGGUGCAUUCAAACGCUCCAUGACCUACAGCUUUGGCUCCAUCAGCCUGGGAAGCUUGUUCGUUGCUAUUAUCAACUUCUUGCGACAGCUCUGCUCUAUGGCUUAUCAGUCGCAGGCUUCCGAGGGAGAUAUUAUCAGCAUGUGCAUUAUUUGCUGUUUGCAGUGCAUUCUAAGCAUGAUCCAGUGGGCUAUCGAGUUCGUGAAUCGAUACGCAUUCUCAUACAUAGCUCUGUUUGGAAAGGCGUAUUUCCCGGCCGCAAAGGCAACUUGGAAGCUCAUCAAGGACCGUGGCAUUGAUGCACUUGUCAAUGAAUGUCUCGUCGGUCCCGUUCUCACCUUCGGCGCCCUUUUCGUCGCCUACGCCUGCUCGCUCCUCGCCUACCUCUACCUCGUCUUCACGAAACCGGAAUACAACAGCAAGGGCGAAUACACCGCAGUCAUCAUCCUCUUCGCGUUCCUCAUCGGUCUGCAGAUUGCUAACAUCUUUACGACACCGAUAUCGAGUGGUAUCGACACCAUUUUCGUUGCCGCCGCUUGGGACCCCGAGGUCCUCAUGAGGGAUCACCCCGACAUUUACGAUGCGAUGGUGCGGGUUUAUCCCCAGAUCCAAGCCGCGAUACAUGCAUAG